UGUGCGUGAGUAGCUGUCGACGAACCAAAUUGAUAAGUUUGUUUUGUCAAAAAAAUAAUACCAAUUUAUAAAUUCAACGGACCUCAAACCAUGUGACAAGUGACAAAUAAAAAUGAUAAACAGUUCAAUAGUGUAAAUUAAAUCCAAAUCUACACCACGUUUUGAAUAAAUUUCUGUGGUAAAAUGAAGUGUGUUGUUGGGAGUCUCUGUGGAUGUCACACGCGAUCUCACUUUGAGGAGGUCUCAGGAAUUGAGUAAAUUUUUGAGGAGGAAUCGUUACAUGUACGCAGCGGGAAUGACAAUAAUGGCAGUUUCUGUUGGCGAAAUUUGCGAGAACACCAAGCUGGCUCGGGAGAUGGCCCUUACGGGUAAUUACGAGUCAGCGCUGGUGUACUACGAAGGAACAGUUCAGAUGAUACAUAGACUGCUGGUGACCAUCGCAGACCCCACACGCAAGUCCAAGUGGCAGUUGGUACAAAAACAGAUGGCGCGCGAAUACGAGCAGCUCAAAGCCACGGUGGCCACGCUGCAGAUGUUCCAGCACGAGGGGGAGAAAGCCAUCACGCCUAUGACUGGCAACUACGAUGACUUCCCGACGAGAGACCAGAUGUGGGGCCCGGCGCCGCAUGAGCUCGAUCCUGACAUAUGGCCGCCGCCGCCGGACAGGGACCCUAACGCUUGGCCUCCGCCCACCAGUGUAGAACACAAAGGUCCUCCACCACUGCGCUCGGCGCGCAACAACCCGCGCACCGCUCCGACCAAGAAACCAACCGGCAAACAGGCUACCACAUCGCAACGCAAAACCUCAGACGUUCGGAACCCUAAGCUCGCGGGCAAUAAGAACCACAGUCACAGUGCACGGUCAAAAGAACCGAACAGCAAAGAGCCCGCGGCCGGCAAAGACAAACAGGACCGCGACAACAACAACGGAGACACUGAUGAUGAGAAACACAAGGAAGACGAGCGGCGGUUCGAGCCGGCCGCGGCCUGCGACGGCGACCUGGUCGAUAUGCUCGAGCGGGAUAUAGUACAAAAGAACCCAAACAUCCGGUGGGACGACAUCGCGGACCUGUCGGAGGCCAAGCGGCUGCUGGAGGAGGCCGUAGUCUUGCCAAUGUGGAUGCCCGACUUCUUCAAAGGCAUCCGACGGCCGUGGAAAGGCGUGCUGAUGGUGGGUCCGCCGGGCACGGGCAAGACCAUGCUGGCCAAGGCCGUCGCUACCGAGUGUGGGACAACGUUCUUCAAUGUUUCCUCCUCAACCCUCACUUCCAAGUACCGCGGAGAGUCGGAGAAGCUCGUGAGACUGCUGUUCGAGAUGGCGCGGUUCUACGCGCCGAGCACAAUCUUCAUCGACGAGAUCGACUCCCUCUGCUCACGACGAGGCUCCGACAGCGAGCACGAAGCGUCGCGUCGCGUCAAAUCAGAAUUGCUCGUUCAGAUGGACGGACUUGGUUCCGCUACGGAUGAACCUCACAAGGUGGUGAUGGUGCUGGCGGCGACCAACUUCCCCUGGGACAUCGACGAGGCGCUGCGGCGGCGGCUGGAGAAGCGCAUCUACAUCGCGCUGCCCACGCAGCACGGCCGCGAGGCGCUGCUCGCCAUCAACCUCAAGGAGGUCAAGCUCGACCCCGAGGUCGACCUCGCGCACAUCGCGCGCAAGCUGGACGGCUACUCCGGCGCCGACAUCACCAACGUCUGCAGGUCUGUACUGUACUCCUGCCGCCGCUGGAGAAGCGCAUCUACAUCGCGCUGCCCACGCAGCACGGCCGCGAGGCGCUGCUCGCCAUCAACCUCAAGGAGGUCAAGCUCGACCCCGAGGUCGACCUCGCGCACAUCGCGCGCAAGCUGGACGGCUACUCCGGCGCCGACAUCACCAACGUCUGCAGGUCUGUACUGUACUCCUGCCGCCGCUGGAGAAGCGCAUCUACAUCGCGCUGCCCACGCAGCACGGCCGCGAGGCGCUGCUCGCCAUCAACCUCAAGGAGGUCAAGCUCGACCCCGAGGUCGACCUCGCGCACAUCGCGCGCAAGCUGGACGGCUACUCCGGCGCCGACAUCACCAACGUCUGCAGGUCUGUACUGUACUCCUGCCGCCGCUGGAGAAGCGCAUCUACAUCGCGCUGCCCACGCAGCACGGCCGCGAGGCGCUGCUCGCCAUCAACCUCAAGGAGGUCAAGCUCGACCCCGAGGUCGACCUCGCGCACAUCGCGCGCAAGCUGGACGGCUACUCCGGCGCCGACAUCACCAACGUCUGCAGGUCUGUACUGUACUCCUGCCGCCGCUGGAGAAGCGCAUCUACAUCGCGCUGCCCACGCAGCACGGCCGCGAGGCGCUGCUCGCCAUCAACCUCAAGGAGGUCAAGCUCGACCCCGAGGUCGACCUCGCGCACAUCGCGCGCAAGCUGGACGGCUACUCCGGCGCCGACAUCACCAACGUCUGCAGGUCUGUACUGUACUCCUGCCGCCGCUGGAGAAGCGCAUCUACAUCGCGCUGCCCACGCAGCACGGCCGCGAGGCGCUGCUCGCCAUCAACCUCAAGGAGGUCAAGCUCGACCCCGAGGUCGACCUCGCGCACAUCGCGCGCAAGCUGGACGGCUACUCCGGCGCCGACAUCACCAACGUCUGCAGGUCUGUACUGUACUCCUGCCGCCGCUGGAGAAGCGCAUCUACAUCGCGCUGCCCACGCAGCACGGCCGCGAGGCGCUGCUCGCCAUCAACCUCAAGGAGGUCAAGCUCGACCCCGAGGUCGACCUCGCGCACAUCGCGCGCAAGCUGGACGGCUACUCCGGCGCCGACAUCACCAACGUCUGCAGGUCUGUACUGUACUCCUGCCGCCGCUGGAGAAGCGCAUCUACAUCGCGCUGCCCACGCAGCACGGCCGCGAGGCGCUGCUCGCCAUCAACCUCAAGGAGGUCAAGCUCGACCCCGAGGUCGACCUCGCGCACAUCGCGCGCAAGCUGGACGGCUACUCCGGCGCCGACAUCACCAACGUCUGCAGGUCUGUACUGUACUCCUGCCGCCGCUGGAGAAGCGCAUCUACAUCGCGCUGCCCACGCAGCACGGCCGCGAGGCGCUGCUCGCCAUCAACCUCAAGGAGGUCAAGCUCGACCCCGAGGUCGACCUCGCGCACAUCGCGCGCAAGCUGGACGGCUACUCCGGCGCCGACAUCACCAACGUCUGCAGGUCUGUACUGUACUCCUGCCGCCGCUGGAGAAGCGCAUCUACAUCGCGCUGCCCACGCAGCACGGCCGCGAGGCGCUGCUCGCCAUCAACCUCAAGGAGGUCAAGCUCGACCCCGAGGUCGACCUCGCGCACAUCGCGCGCAAGCUGGACGGCUACUCCGGCGCCGACAUCACCAACGUCUGCAGGUCUGUACUGUACUCCUGCCGCCGCUGGAGAAGCGCAUCUACAUCGCGCUGCCCACGCAGCACGGCCGCGAGGCGCUGCUCGCCAUCAACCUCAAGGAGGUCAAGCUCGACCCCGAGGUCGACCUCGCGCACAUCGCGCGCAAGCUGGACGGCUACUCCGGCGCCGACAUCACCAACGUCUGCAGGUCUGUACUGUACUCCUGCCGCCGCUGGAGAAGCGCAUCUACAUCGCGCUGCCCACGCAGCACGGCCGCGAGGCGCUGCUCGCCAUCAACCUCAAGGAGGUCAAGCUCGACCCCGAGGUCGACCUCGCGCACAUCGCGCGCAAGCUGGACGGCUACUCCGGCGCCGACAUCACCAACGUCUGCAGGUCUGUACUGUACUCCUGCCGCCGCUGGAGAAGCGCAUCUACAUCGCGCUGCCCACGCAGCACGGCCGCGAGGCGCUGCUCGCCAUCAACCUCAAGGAGGUCAAGCUCGACCCCGAGGUCGACCUCGCGCACAUCGCGCGCAAGCUGGACGGCUACUCCGGCGCCGACAUCACCAACGUCUGCAGGUCUGUACUGUACUCCUGCCGCCGCUGGAGAAGCGCAUCUACAUCGCGCUGCCCACGCAGCACGGCCGCGAGGCGCUGCUCGCCAUCAACCUCAAGGAGGUCAAGCUCGACCCCGAGGUCGACCUCGCGCACAUCGCGCGCAAGCUGGACGGCUACUCCGGCGCCGACAUCACCAACGUCUGCAGGUCUGUACUGUACUCCUGCCGCCGCUGGAGAAGCGCAUCUACAUCGCGCUGCCCACGCAGCACGGCCGCGAGGCGCUGCUCGCCAUCAACCUCAAGGAGGUCAAGCUCGACCCCGAGGUCGACCUCGCGCACAUCGCGCGCAAGCUGGACGGCUACUCCGGCGCCGACAUCACCAACGUCUGCAGGUCUGUACUGUACUCCUGCCGCCGCUGGAGAAGCGCAUCUACAUCGCGCUGCCCACGCAGCACGGCCGCGAGGCGCUGCUCGCCAUCAACCUCAAGGAGGUCAAGCUCGACCCCGAGGUCGACCUCGCGCACAUCGCGCGCAAGCUGGACGGCUACUCCGGCGCCGACAUCACCAACGUCUGCAGGUCUGUACUGUACUCCUGCCGCCGCUGGAGAAGCGCAUCUACAUCGCGCUGCCCACGCAGCACGGCCGCGAGGCGCUGCUCGCCAUCAACCUCAAGGAGGUCAAGCUCGACCCCGAGGUCGACCUCGCGCACAUCGCGCGCAAGCUGGACGGCUACUCCGGCGCCGACAUCACCAACGUCUGCAGGUCUGUACUGUACUCCUGCCGCCGCUGGAGAAGCGCAUCUACAUCGCGCUGCCCACGCAGCACGGCCGCGAGGCGCUGCUCGCCAUCAACCUCAAGGAGGUCAAGCUCGACCCCGAGGUCGACCUCGCGCACAUCGCGCGCAAGCUGGACGGCUACUCCGGCGCCGACAUCACCAACGUCUGCAGGUCUGUACUGUACUCCUGCCGCCGCUGGAGAAGCGCAUCUACAUCGCGCUGCCCACGCAGCACGGCCGCGAGGCGCUGCUCGCCAUCAACCUCAAGGAGGUCAAGCUCGACCCCGAGGUCGACCUCGCGCACAUCGCGCGCAAGCUGGACGGCUACUCCGGCGCCGACAUCACCAACGUCUGCAGGUCUGUACUGUACUCCUGCCGCCGCUGGAGAAGCGCAUCUACAUCGCGCUGCCCACGCAGCACGGCCGCGAGGCGCUGCUCGCCAUCAACCUCAAGGAGGUCAAGCUCGACCCCGAGGUCGACCUCGCGCACAUCGCGCGCAAGCUGGACGGCUACUCCGGCGCCGACAUCACCAACGUCUGCAGGUCUGUACUGUACUCCUGCCGCCGCUGGAGAAGCGCAUCUACAUCGCGCUGCCCACGCAGCACGGCCGCGAGGCGCUGCUCGCCAUCAACCUCAAGGAGGUCAAGCUCGACCCCGAGGUCGACCUCGCGCACAUCGCGCGCAAGCUGGACGGCUACUCCGGCGCCGACAUCACCAACGUCUGCAGGUCUGUACUGUACUCCUGCCGCCGCUGGAGAAGCGCAUCUACAUCGCGCUGCCCACGCAGCACGGCCGCGAGGCGCUGCUCGCCAUCAACCUCAAGGAGGUCAAGCUCGACCCCGAGGUCGACCUCGCGCACAUCGCGCGCAAGCUGGACGGCUACUCCGGCGCCGACAUCACCAACGUCUGCAGGUCUGUACUGUACUCCUGCCGCCGCUGGAGAAGCGCAUCUACAUCGCGCUGCCCACGCAGCACGGCCGCGAGGCGCUGCUCGCCAUCAACCUCAAGGAGGUCAAGCUCGACCCCGAGGUCGACCUCGCGCACAUCGCGCGCAAGCUGGACGGCUACUCCGGCGCCGACAUCACCAACGUCUGCAGGUCUGUACUGUACUCCUGCCGCCGCUGGAGAAGCGCAUCUACAUCGCGCUGCCCACGCAGCACGGCCGCGAGGCGCUGCUCGCCAUCAACCUCAAGGAGGUCAAGCUCGACCCCGAGGUCGACCUCGCGCACAUCGCGCGCAAGCUGGACGGCUACUCCGGCGCCGACAUCACCAACGUCUGCAGGUCUGUACUGUACUCCUGCCGCCGCUGGAGAAGCGCAUCUACAUCGCGCUGCCCACGCAGCACGGCCGCGAGGCGCUGCUCGCCAUCAACCUCAAGGAGGUCAAGCUCGACCCCGAGGUCGACCUCGCGCACAUCGCGCGCAAGCUGGACGGCUACUCCGGCGCCGACAUCACCAACGUCUGCAGGUCUGUACUGUACUCCUGCCGCCGCUGGAGAAGCGCAUCUACAUCGCGCUGCCCACGCAGCACGGCCGCGAGGCGCUGCUCGCCAUCAACCUCAAGGAGGUCAAGCUCGACCCCGAGGUCGACCUCGCGCACAUCGCGCGCAAGCUGGACGGCUACUCCGGCGCCGACAUCACCAACGUCUGCAGGUCUGUACUGUACUCCUGCCGCCGCUGGAGAAGCGCAUCUACAUCGCGCUGCCCACGCAGCACGGCCGCGAGGCGCUGCUCGCCAUCAACCUCAAGGAGGUCAAGCUCGACCCCGAGGUCGACCUCGCGCACAUCGCGCGCAAGCUGGACGGCUACUCCGGCGCCGACAUCACCAACGUCUGCAGGUCUGUACUGUACUCCUGCCGCCGCUGGAGAAGCGCAUCUACAUCGCGCUGCCCACGCAGCACGGCCGCGAGGCGCUGCUCGCCAUCAACCUCAAGGAGGUCAAGCUCGACCCCGAGGUCGACCUCGCGCACAUCGCGCGCAAGCUGGACGGCUACUCCGGCGCCGACAUCACCAACGUCUGCAGGUCUGUACUGUACUCCUGCCGCCGCUGGAGAAGCGCAUCUACAUCGCGCUGCCCACGCAGCACGGCCGCGAGGCGCUGCUCGCCAUCAACCUCAAGGAGGUCAAGCUCGACCCCGAGGUCGACCUCGCGCACAUCGCGCGCAAGCUGGACGGCUACUCCGGCGCCGACAUCACCAACGUCUGCAGGUCUGUACUGUACUCCUGCCGCCGCUGGAGAAGCGCAUCUACAUCGCGCUGCCCACGCAGCACGGCCGCGAGGCGCUGCUCGCCAUCAACCUCAAGGAGGUCAAGCUCGACCCCGAGGUCGACCUCGCGCACAUCGCGCGCAAGCUGGACGGCUACUCCGGCGCCGACAUCACCAACGUCUGCAGGUCUGUACUGUACUCCUGCCGCCGCUGGAGAAGCGCAUCUACAUCGCGCUGCCCACGCAGCACGGCCGCGAGGCGCUGCUCGCCAUCAACCUCAAGGAGGUCAAGCUCGACCCCGAGGUCGACCUCGCGCACAUCGCGCGCAAGCUGGACGGCUACUCCGGCGCCGACAUCACCAACGUCUGCAGGUCUGUACUGUACUCCUGCCGCCGCUGGAGAAGCGCAUCUACAUCGCGCUGCCCACGCAGCACGGCCGCGAGGCGCUGCUCGCCAUCAACCUCAAGGAGGUCAAGCUCGACCCCGAGGUCGACCUCGCGCACAUCGCGCGCAAGCUGGACGGCUACUCCGGCGCCGACAUCACCAACGUCUGCAGGUCUGUACUGUACUCCUGCCGCCGCUGGAGAAGCGCAUCUACAUCGCGCUGCCCACGCAGCACGGCCGCGAGGCGCUGCUCGCCAUCAACCUCAAGGAGGUCAAGCUCGACCCCGAGGUCGACCUCGCGCACAUCGCGCGCAAGCUGGACGGCUACUCCGGCGCCGACAUCACCAACGUCUGCAGGUCUGUACUGUACUCCUGCCGCCGCUGGAGAAGCGCAUCUACAUCGCGCUGCCCACGCAGCACGGCCGCGAGGCGCUGCUCGCCAUCAACCUCAAGGAGGUCAAGCUCGACCCCGAGGUCGACCUCGCGCACAUCGCGCGCAAGCUGGACGGCUACUCCGGCGCCGACAUCACCAACGUCUGCAGGUCUGUACUGUACUCCUGCCGCCGCUGGAGAAGCGCAUCUACAUCGCGCUGCCCACGCAGCACGGCCGCGAGGCGCUGCUCGCCAUCAACCUCAAGGAGGUCAAGCUCGACCCCGAGGUCGACCUCGCGCACAUCGCGCGCAAGCUGGACGGCUACUCCGGCGCCGACAUCACCAACGUCUGCAGGUCUGUACUGUACUCCUGCCGCCGCUGGAGAAGCGCAUCUACAUCGCGCUGCCCACGCAGCACGGCCGCGAGGCGCUGCUCGCCAUCAACCUCAAGGAGGUCAAGCUCGACCCCGAGGUCGACCUCGCGCACAUCGCGCGCAAGCUGGACGGCUACUCCGGCGCCGACAUCACCAACGUCUGCAGGUCUGUACUGUACUCCUGCCGCCGCUGGAGAAGCGCAUCUACAUCGCGCUGCCCACGCAGCACGGCCGCGAGGCGCUGCUCGCCAUCAACCUCAAGGAGGUCAAGCUCGACCCCGAGGUCGACCUCGCGCACAUCGCGCGCAAGCUGGACGGCUACUCCGGCGCCGACAUCACCAACGUCUGCAGGUCUGUACUGUACUCCUGCCGCCGCUGGAGAAGCGCAUCUACAUCGCGCUGCCCACGCAGCACGGCCGCGAGGCGCUGCUCGCCAUCAACCUCAAGGAGGUCAAGCUCGACCCCGAGGUCGACCUCGCGCACAUCGCGCGCAAGCUGGACGGCUACUCCGGCGCCGACAUCACCAACGUCUGCAGGUCUGUACUGUACUCCUGCCGCCGCUGGAGAAGCGCAUCUACAUCGCGCUGCCCACGCAGCACGGCCGCGAGGCGCUGCUCGCCAUCAACCUCAAGGAGGUCAAGCUCGACCCCGAGGUCGACCUCGCGCACAUCGCGCGCAAGCUGGACGGCUACUCCGGCGCCGACAUCACCAACGUCUGCAGGUCUGUACUGUACUCCUGCCGCCGCUGGAGAAGCGCAUCUACAUCGCGCUGCCCACGCAGCACGGCCGCGAGGCGCUGCUCGCCAUCAACCUCAAGGAGGUCAAGCUCGACCCCGAGGUCGACCUCGCGCACAUCGCGCGCAAGCUGGACGGCUACUCCGGCGCCGACAUCACCAACGUCUGCAGAGACGCAUCAAUGAUGUCAAUGCGUCGCAAGAUCGCCGGCCUGAAGCCCGAGCAGAUCAAACAACUCGCCAAGGAAGAGCUCGACCUGCCCGUCACCAAGGCCGACUUCGUGGACGCGCUACACAAGUGCAACAAAUCAGUCUCCAAGGGCGACAUACAGAAAUACUUGUCCUGGAUGGCCGAGUUCGGUUCCUCCUGAUUGUUGGUAUAAAUUUGAAAGAAAAAAAUGAUUUUUAGAAUAUUUCAUUGAGACACUAUGGCGAUACCGACGAGCCAUCCACUAAAUGUAAUAAAGGGUGAGUUUAAAAAUAUUUUAAGCGGGUUACUCACGUGUUAAGUCGAUAUAGCGUUCUACAUGUUUCGAUCCAUGUUUUCGCUUAAACUAUUUUUAAAUAUGGUUGAGUCUCACAGUUUUAUAGUCAAAAGGUGAGUUGUCUAGUGUCCUGGUGAAAUAUGAUUGCAUGUGAGUAAACACGGUUGUAAUUGCGACACUAAUACUAUAUGGCAAAGGAUCGUGGAGAAAUUCAAAGCAGCCAACAUAACAGUUCGCCAAGGAGCCGAGCCGUUACUUUUCAUCACACAAAGACAAUUUUCAUGGACGCUAUCGCAGCACAGAUUUUAUGAAGGGUAUCUUACUAACACCAGCUAGCUUAGCUAGCUGAUAAACUUUAUGUAAACUAGUAUGAUAAACUUUAUCGUGUCGGUGCGUCCCUAUCGCACUUACAAUUAGUGCGAAAAGUACGGACUGACGUGGCCGUUAUCACGCGGACUGUGCCCGCCAGGUGUAAAGUGGGCGGCCGUCUAUAAAGGCGCCUCACACUCUCGUCUUCCUUACGUUAGGGCUGGCCCUUACGGUAGGGUUGCCAUAUGUCCCCGUUUGAACCUUGGUGUUCCUGUGAAGAAUGAAAUUUUCCCCGUAAUGUCUUUCGUCACGUCAGGUGGAUUAUUAUACUGUAUGAAAGUUAUACACACAGCAUAAUAAUAUCUUAAUGUUGUUUCUUUGUGUUUAAUAUUUGUAUCAGUGUCGCAAAAACAGCCUGUUUGGACCAUAGGUAUACAAGAUGUCGACAGUUUCAUAAGAAGUCGGUUCUGAGUGUUCUAAUCAUCAAAUUUUAUUGUACGCGUUUUAGUGCUAGAAAUUACGGGUUUGGUCGCUUGUGCAUACAAUUCCUGAGUGCAUGUUUCAAUUACAAUGUUUAACUAAUUAGUAAUAUCUAGUACUGAAAUCGAUUUGACCAGAAACAAAUAUCAUCAGGUGAAUGUGUGUGACAAUUUCUGUCAAUUGGCGCAUAAAGAGCGAAAUAUUCUGAAAUUAUCCAUUACUUUUAGCAGGUUAGGGCCCUCAGAACUUCACAGAAAUCAAAUAUCAUGCGUGUUUAACACUAGAAAUAUUCCUUUACUGUUUCAAAUUGUGAUCCAAUUGCAAGAAAUAACUGAAGAGUGAAUGACUUUAUGCCUUAUUAACUCAUAGAUGUGUAAGCUAUCGGAGCAACAUUAGGACUGUGUCAGUAUUAAUAAACAAGUAACAUUUAUAGUGGCAUAUCGAAAUUAAUAAUAAGUGUCAGCUAAAUGUAGAAAUCAAUUAUCAAAAGGAAAACAUUCCGAUUUGGAAAUAAUAUAGAUUAUAGGCCUCUAACUUAAAAAAGUGUGUAAUAUAUUUGGCAUUUUAACCUUUUAAAAAGAUAUACUAUUUUUUCAAGAUAAUCCAUAGUAUUACAUAGCACAAACUAUAUACAAUAAUUUUGAAAAUGAGCUUAUUAUCCAGUGAAUGCCGUUAUAGCUUGUUUCCACCGUUGUAAAUUUACUUGUCUCAUUUUGAAAUUAUAUACAUGAUAAACUGUAAUCAUUCAGAUCGAAAACGAUGCGUGCUUUCUUUUUAUUGUUAUUAGAAGCAACUAAAUUUGUGAGUGCGCGUCAGGUUCCUUCGAGAUCGAAACAUCCUUGGGACAUAUUGUUACUUCGUUAUUGUUUUUGAGCAGUGAUCUUUGUACUUAUUAGGUUAAAUUCGAGAUUUUUUUAUUGUUAAGAUAUAAUUAUAUGCCAUAACUAAUUUAUGUGUACUUUUUAUAGAUUUAUAUUGAAAGCAAAUCGUAACGUUAUUUUGAUAAGUAUGAAAUAUAUAUUUGGCAUUUAUUCAUAAUUUAGCUCAACUAAAAUCUAGAAUUGUGUUUUGAGUUUUUUUUUUUAUAGAAGACUGUGAAUACCUUUGUAGCCUGUAUGACCAAUAAUUGGUUGUUUUGUACAUAUACAUAACAGAAUCUUCCCGCGAACACCGCAUGCAUGUGCCUAAUGCUUUUACUACCUUUGACAUGUUUUUUAUCGAAAUAAAUUUUAAUUCUUUAAUAAAACGCAAUAGGAAAACUAAAUCUUAACAAAGGUGAUUAUUAUCAUAUAAAUUAGCUAUAAACAUGUUUCCAAAAUAAAAAGUACGAUUUAUAUUCAACCUUAGGUUGCUAGUUUAAGAAUAUGAUUGUUAUUAAAGUCAGGUGGGGUAAGACUAACAUACUUUGAAGUUUAUUAUACUCAGAUCAAGAGCACCAGUAUAAGGAUUACCUCAGAGCAUAUAAUACUAGACAGCGGACACGCCGCCGGCGGACGUGUCGCAGUUGUUAGCUCAUUGAGCAUACAGUUGUCGUUGUGUGCGUGCGUGAUGACACGACUCGAUGGUCGGUCGCGUUUACACAGGCAUGGAAAUGUCUUGCGUGUUUGCGACCACCUAUAAGUGUGUGUGUGUGUGGGUGGGUUCAAGAACUUGCGAUAGGCGAAUUCAAUAAAAGUCUCAUGACUGAUCUCCUUCCUUCCUAUAUCUGCGAGGAUUACCUGAAAUUGUUAGUCUUGUCUCAGUGUUUGUCAUAUCCCAUCUUGCCCUAUCUCUAAGAUCUCUUAAAUUAUAUACAGGGUGUAACAAAAAUAGUGGUUAUCCCUUUAAGGGCGUAUUCAGUAUCGUAUUCUCAUCAGGAAAAAGUAUAAAAUUUUUUUUUCGCGAAAAAAUUUUUACCUUUGUAUGGCGGUUCGGCCGAUUCUCGCGGCCCGGCCCAGACAAAAAUGAAAAUUUUUUUCGCGAAAAAAAAUUUUUCUUCUACUUUUUCCUGAUCAGAAUACGAUACUGAAUACGCCCUUAAACGGAUCACCACCAU